GGGUGGUCGCCGCGGCCCCGGCAUCCCCUCAGGGCGCCCCUGUCCGCAGGCUUCCGCCAGAUUGCUCAGAACAAGGUGGCUGUCCUGCUGCUGGCCGGCGGGCAGGGCACUCGCCUGGGCGUAGCCUACCCCAAGGGCAUGUACCGCGUGGGGCUGCCCAGCCGGAAGACCCUGUACCAGCUGCAGGCGGAACGCAUUCGGCGGGUGGAGCAGCUGGCCGGUGAGCGCCACGGGACCCGCUGCACCGUGCCCUGGUACAUCAUGACCAGUGAGUUUACACUGGAGCCCACGGCUCAGUUCUUCCAGGAGCAUGGCUUCUUCCACCUGGACCCUGCCAACGUGGUCAUGUUUGAGCAGCGCAUGCUGCCGGCCGUCACCUUCGAUGGCAAGGCCAUCCUGGAGCGGAAAGACAAAGUCGCCAUGGCCCCAGAUGGCAACGGUGGCCUGUACUGCGCGCUGGCGGACCACCAGAUCCUGGAUGACAUGGAGCGCCGCGGAGUGGAGUUUGUGCACGUGUACUGUGUGGACAAUAUCCUGGUGCGGCUGGCGGACCCUGUCUUCAUCGGCUUCUGUGUGCUGCAGGGGGCGGACUGUGGGGCGAAGGUGGUGGAAAAGGCGUACCCCGAGGAGCCCGUGGGCGUGGUGUGCCAGGUGGACGGGGUCCCCCAGGUGCUGGAGUACAGCGAGAUCAGCCCUGAGACCGCCCGGCUGCCUGCGCCCGACGGGGGCCUGCUCUACAAUGCAGGCAACAUCUGCAACCAUUUCUUCACCCGAGGCUUCCUCCAGAAGGUCACCAGGGAGUUUGAGCCCCUGCUGAAGCCACAUGUGGCUGUGAAGAAGGUUCCCUACGUGGAUGAGGAGGGAAAUCUGGUAAAGCCGCUAAAACCGAACGGGAUAAAGAUGGAGAAGUUUGUGUUUGAUGUGUUCCAGUUUGCUAAGAACUUUGUUGCCUUUGAAGUGCUGAGGGAGGAGGAGUUUUCCCCGCUGAAGAACUCAGACGCCGCCGACAGGGACAACCCCUGCACCGUCCGGCGGUCCCUGCUCGCCCAGCACUACCGGUGGGCUCUGCAGGCUGGGGCCCGCUUUCUGGACGCACACGGGUCCCAGCUCCCUGAGCUGCUGGG